CCCCCACCUCUGCUCCUUCCCCACCGACUUCUCCUCCUCCAGCACUCGCUGAUCUCUCUCCCUCCCUGUGCUCACCAGGGCCCACGCCAACCCAAACCCCAGUCUGUCUGCAGCCCCAUCUCCCCUGUGCCCACCUCCUCCAUAACCCUUUCUGGCCGCUGUGCAGCUCAUCGCACUUCUCUGCUUUCAUCUCCUAAUUUAGUUCAACACGGCACGAGACAAUGGCUUUUACACUUUGAGUAAAGAAAUGAGGGGCUGUGGAGUUAAGAGAUUCAAGGAAAAAAGUGUUUGAUUUGUGAAAGUUGGAGAGGGUGAUGAGAAAAGAUCUAAUUCCUAUAUUACUUGCCUAAAGUGAGAGGUAGAAACCUAACAUAGUGGUAAUGUGUAAAGUCUUUUAAAAAUUUGCCCAUUAGCAGUUGUAAACCUUUGACUGCUUCCUAGGAAGUGAGAUCGUUUUAUUCAGGUCCUCAGAAUGCAAAUUGGCAUGUGCCCUAUUAGCUAUUUUUACUAUAAUUUCCUCCUUAUAGUUUCCAGCACACCAAAAUCUAAGGGACGAGUUCCAGUCACAAAAAUGUGAUACAUUUUGACAUUCACUGCUAAGAUGAAAUGCAGAAGUGAACACCACACACUCGUUCUAGUAUUCGCAGAUAUGAUUAGAUGUGCUUUAUCAUGUUUUUAUGCUACUGACCUAUCAGAAAAAAAUACAAAAAAAGGGUAGCAGUUAAACACCUAGGACCUGCAACUUCAGUACGUCUGGGAUGAUCUGGAAUAUCACAAGGAGAGAUUUUAUUGCAGCAUAUUCACACCUUAUCUGAGCCCUCAGCCUAGGUUCAUACGCAUUUCCUUCAUUAGAAGUUGUCACCAGACACUUUACCUCCCAGGAUGGACAACAGUCUCCCAACAGAGUUUGAUGUGAUUGUAAUAGGGACAGGUUUGCCUGAAUCCAUCGUUGCAGCUGCAUGUUCCAGAAGUGGUCAGAGGGUUCUGCAUCUUGAUUCAAGAAGUUACUAUGGAGGAAACUGGGCUAGUUUCAGCUUUUCAGGAUUGCUCUCCUGGUUGAAGGAAUAUCAGCAAAACAGUGACAUUGGGGAAGAAAGUACUGCUGCAUGGCAAGACAUGAUCCAUGAAACAGAAGAAGGCAUCACUCUUCGCAAAAAGGAUGAAACCAUUCAACACACAGAAGUUUUUUGUUAUGCCAGUCAGGAUAUGGAUGACAAUAUUGAAGAGAUUGAUGAUCUGCAGAAAAAUCCUUCCUGGGUAGCAUCUAGUACCCUCAUUAAACCUCUGGAUUCUGCAUGCUUGUCUGAAGAAAUGGACUCGUUAUAUGUUUCUAGCUAUGAAGUGCCUGCAAAAGGCACUCCAGAAAACAGUGGAGAAGUAACUGAUAUAGCAGAAACCUUGGUGAAAGAAGAAUAUUGUGGAUAUAAAACUUAUAAACACAGAGUUUCGGAUGGUGCUAAAGACGAAAUCAAACCUGUAUUGGAAGACAACAGUGAUCCACCAAAGAGAAACAGGAUUACUUACUCUCAAAUAGUUGAAGAAGGCAGGAAGUUUAAUAUUGAUUUGGUAUCAAAGCUGCUUUAUUCCCAAGGACUGUUAAUUGAUCUUUUAAUCAAAUCAAGUGUUAGUCGUUAUGCAGAAUUUAAAAAUGUCACUAGGAUUCUUGCAUUUCGAGAAGGAAAAGUAGAGCAGGUGCCUUGCUCCAGAGCAGAUGUCUUUAAUAGCAAAGAGCUCACUAUGGUUGAAAAGAGGAUGCUAAUGAAAUUUCUUACAUUUUGUUUAGACUACGAACAACAUCCUGAUGAAUACCAAGCAUUCACGCAAUGCUCAUUUUCAGAGUACUUAAAAACCAAAAAAUUAACCCCCAGCCUCCAACAUUUUGUACUACACUCAAUUGCAAUGAUGUCAGAGUCAUCUUGCACAACAAUAGAAGGCCUUAAAGCAACAAAAAACUUUCUUCAGUGUCUUGGAAGGUUUGGCAACACUCCCUUUUUAUUUCCGUUGUAUGGCCAAGGAGAAAUUCCCCAGUGUUUCUGCAGGAUGUGUGCAGUUUUUGGUGGAGUAUAUUGUCUUCGCCAUAAAGUACAAUGCCUUGUAGUUGACAAAGAAUCUGGAAGAUGUAAAGCAAUUAUAGAUCACCUUGGUCAACGAAUAAAUGCUAAAUAUUUCAUUGUGGAGGAUAGUUACCUUUCUGAGGAAACAUGCUCAAAUGUGCAGUACGAACAGAUCUCCAGGGCAGUGCUCAUUACGGAUCAGUCUAUACUAAAGACAGAUUCAGAUCAGCAGAUUUCCAUUUUGAUAGUACCUCCAGUGGAACCAGGAGCAUGUGCUGUUCGAGUCACUGAAUUGUGUUCUUCAACCAUGACGUGCAUGAAAGACACCUGUCUGGUACAUCUGACCUGUUCAUCUUCCAAAACAGCAAGAGAAGACUUAGAAUCAGUGGUGAAGAAAUUAUUCACCCCAUAUGCUGAAACAGAAAUAGACAAGGAAGAACUUGCAAAGCCAAGACUCUUGUGGGCUCUUUACUUUAACAUGAGAGAUUCCUCAGGAGUCAGCAGAAGCUCAUAUAAUGGCUUACCUUCCAAUGUUUAUGUCUGCACUGGGCCUGACUGUGGACUAGGGAAUGAACAUGCAGUCAAGCAAGCUGAAACACUCUUCAAGGAGAUCUUUCCAAGUGAAGAAUUCUGCCCCCCACCUCCAAAUCCAGAAGAUGUUUUCUUUGAUGGUGAUGAUAAGCAACCAGAGCCUCUUGGAGCCAAUACUAUAAUAAUAGCCCAACUAGAAUCCCCUGAGGGAAGCAAAAACCUAGAAAGCUCAGAGUAGCACCUUCAAAAUUAGAAAAAAGCAAACUGGAAAUGCUACUUUGGGUCUUCAUUGAGUAUCAGAAUAUUCUCAUUUAAAGGACAGUUUCCUAUAUGAGUAAUUAGAAAUGGUUAUUUGAUGAAUGCCAUGCAGAUGUUGUCUAUAAUUCUCUUUGUGACUUUCAGUUAUUGGAUGUAUUUGUUAACCUAUCAAUAACUGAUUUAUUGGUUAUUGAACUUCUUUUUGUUUCAGAAUGGGCUCCAUGAGCCAGAAGCUUAAACAGGGUUAGCUUUAUUUUAGUACUGGGUAUAUAUGUGAGGGUUCCAUAUUAGCCAUGGUGCUUAAAGGAAGAUGGUAUUGUAUCUGCUGAUCUUCAGAUUUUAUUAUUGUCUACAGAACAAUAACAUCUAAGGAAUAUUUUAAUUACUUUUGUAGCUAUUACGGUUGCUACCACCUCUGAAUAGUGAAACACACAGAGGAAAUUAUGUGGGUCUUUUGUUUAUAAUAUAAACAUAUUAAGUAUGAUCCUUUAUUUGUGAAGGUGAUGUUUACAAUACAUCUUGCAGUUUAAUUCUCCUACUUGACCCUUGUAACCAAUGAGGUAGUGACGCCACCACAGUCUUAUACAUUGCAAAAAGAGAGAGUUCAUUUAGUAGUUGAAGAGCUCACUCUUGGAGGUUCAGUCCAAAGAAAAUCUAGGGGAAAAGAUUGGUUCUGGUUUAAUACUUCAGAAAAUUUCUGAAGAGCACUGCUCUGGCACCUAAAAGAAAAGAACUUCUAAGUAACUCAGGUUAAAGAAAAAAUAAAUUGCUCCAGGAAAAGAUAUUUCAGAUUGCUUGUUCUGAAAUUGCUAAGGAGAAACUGAGUGAAGCAUUUUUAACCUGGGAUUACAGAUGGUUUUUAAAAUCAAUCUAUAAAUAGAUUUCCCAAAGUUUCUCAGUGAAAGUGAAGUAUACAAUCUUGUUGGCUCCACCACUUUAAUUAGUAACACUACAAUUGAUAGCAGUGAAUCAAAGGAGGGUUACCAUGUCCCUUUGGUUGUGUCCCACCCCACAAAUAAUGAGGCAAAUGCCUUCAUAAUCAACUCCUGCCUCUUAGCUGUUAUCUAGAGGAUACAAAACAUUUUUUUCCAGAACUACCAGAAGUCAUAAAGCUGGUUAUACUCUAGCAACAGAAGCUUGUGGAACUGACAGAAGAAAUAAACUUCCUUCCCUUUAGGUCACUGUUUCCAUUUCUCAGACAGAGAAUGAUAAUCCUAUAGGAAGGAUUUAGGAAGGGAUAAGAAAGGAUAUAAGAAGUCCUUUUAAUUACAGUUUUUGUCCUGGAACAGAGCAUUUGCUAUGUGCUAGGCAGUUAUUGUGCUCUCUAAUUACAAUUUCUCAAGAACCCUGUGAGGCAGAUAUUGAAUACAUUUUCAAAGAGGAAAUAAAGACUUAAUAAUUCUCUCUGAGUCUGGUUUGUGGAAGAGCCAACAUUGGAAUCCAGGCUUUCAUGAUUUCAAAAUCUUUCAACUGAUGUUAACUGUUAGAAGAGUGUAGGUACUGUAGGAGAAGGAAAAGAUGCUCAUGAAAACCAG